UUUCUGUGAUUUACGGAUAUACUUUAUUUAUUUUUCUAGUUACUACAAAAUUUUAUUUCAAGAUGCAAUGAUGAAUGAAAUUACAAAAUCUAAUUCCAUCCAGCGUAGCAGUAUGUGGAAGUAGAAAGUACAAAAUUUGAAAAAGCACAGAACCCGCGCGUUCAUCCGGCGACCUAAUUCCUCCAUUUUAUCCAAAUUCUGCCGUCCAUUGCAUAAUUUGUAUGUAGAAUUUUGACAGAUCCAUCGAAUGGGUAUUAAAGACAACUGCAGAAACGAACUCCGAGCCGCCGUCCGUCACCUCAGCGACCGCUGCCUCUACUCCGCCUCAAAAUGGGCAGCAGAGCAGUUAGUGGGAAUUGAGCAAGACCCAGCAAAGUACACCCCAUCUCACACUAGAUUCCAGCGUGGCAGCUCCAGCAUACGUCGCCGUUUCCGUACAGCUACGGAAGCUGCUUUUACUUCUACCCCUGUUGCUGGUGUAUCCCACGUGGCUACGCCACCUGUCCUGGAGGAUGAUAAUGAAGUCAUUGACAGUGAUUUUUACUUGCUUGCUAAGUCUUACUUCGAUUGUAGAGAGUAUCGACGGGCAAGUCAUGUGCUUCGUGAUCAGACUGGAAAGAAAGCUCUGUUUUUGCGCUGUUAUGCCCUUUUCUUGGCUGGUGAAAAGCGAAAAGAAGAAGAGAUGAUAGAACUCGAGGGACCGUUAGGCAAGAGUGAUAUUGUGAACCACGAACUGGUUUCUAUUGAGCGGGAGUUGUCUGCUCUUCGAAAAAUUGGAAAUAUUGAUUCCUUUUGCCUUUACUUGUAUGGUCUUGUUCUUAAGCAGAAAGGCAGUGACAAUCGUGCUAGGACAGUUCUUGUUGAGUCAGUAAACAGCUACCCCUGGAACUGGAGUGCUUGGUCUGAGCUGCAGUCGUUAUGCACCACUGCUGAAACAUUGAACAGUUUAAACCUUAAUAACCACUGGAUGAAAGACUUCUUCCUAGCCUAUGCUUACCAAGAGCUUCGUAUGCACUCUGAAUCAUUGGUUAAAUAUGAAAAUUUGCAAGGGACUUUCAGUUUUAGCAAUUAUAUCCAGGCCCAGAUUGCUAAAGCUCAGUACAGUCUUAGAGAAUUUGAACAAGUAGAAGUCAUAUUUGAGGAACUUCUAAGAAAUGACCCUUAUAGAAUUGAAGAUAUGGAUAUGUAUUCCAAUGUGCUGUAUGCAAAGGAAUGUUUUUCAGCCUUAAGUUAUCUUGCACAUCGGGUAUUUUUGACAGAUAAAUACAGGCCAGAGUCUUGUUGCAUUAUUGGGAAUUAUUACAGUUUGAAGGGGCAGCAUGAGAAAUCUGUAAUGUAUUUUCGGAGGGCUCUUAAAUUGAAUAAAAAUUAUCUAUCAGCUUGGACACUUAUGGGUCAUGAGUAUGUAGAGAUGAAAAACACUCCAGCAGCAGUUGAUGCCUAUAGGCGGGCUGUGGACAUAAAUCCAUGUGAUUAUCGAGCCUGGUAUGGGUUAGGCCAAGCGUAUGAGAUGAUGGGGAUGCCAUUUUAUGCUCUUCAUUAUUUUAAAAAGUCAGUGUUCUUGCAGCCAAGUGAUUCUCGAUUAUGGAUUGCAAUGGCCCAGUGUUUUGAAACAGAACAGCUUCAUAUGCUUGAGGAGGCAAUCAAAUGUUACAGAAGGGCUGCAAAUUGUAAUGACAGAGAAGCGAUUGCACUUCACCAGCUAGCAAAACUGCAUGCUGAACUUGGUCGUUCCGAAGAGGCAGCAUUUUACUACAAGAAAGAUUUGGAGAUUAUGGAAGCUGAAGAACGGGAAGGUCCUAACCUAGUUGAAGCUUUAAUGUUUCUUGCCAGAUAUUAUAAAGCUCAAAAGAGAUUUGAAGAUGCAGAGGUUUAUUGCACCCGCCUUCUUGAUUAUUCUGGCCCCGAGAAGGAAACAGCGAAGACUCUACUUAGAGGAAUAAGAUAUGAAAUGGAUGUUGAGCAUCUUCCACCCUGAUAAGUUUCUUUUUCCUUCACAAAUCCACAAAUCCGUGUAUGAAUUCUGAGGCACCAACUGAACAAACAACUGAGAUGCUUGGACAAUUCAAGUGAAACAGCCAAAAAGUUGAGAAUCGAAGCGGCAGAAGAGUUGUUCACGACAGUUAGAAUCUUCGUUAUAUGUAAUCUAGUUGACUUGUGUAUUUCAUUAUCCAAGAAAUGUCUCUGGUGUUUGAGAUAUUUUCCUUGUUUGGAAUGCCUUGAGAAGGGUUUAUGGUCAAACGAAUGCAGCUAAUUUAUUUUAGUUAUUACAUAUAAAUUAUUUAUUACAAA